ACCAGAUAAGGCGAAGACGAGGAAUGCUUUUGUCAGUUGUGCGUCGUCAGUUAUGGUGAAAAUCAGUGCUUUCUUACUCUUUUGUGCUCUUUUUGGAGCAAUUGCAGCCAGGAGAUCCUUCUGGCGCGGCAAGAGCUUCCACGAAUUCUAUGGUGAUCCCACAAAUAGACCCUGGAUGAAACCACUGCCAGUGGAGGAGUGGCUUGAGCAACAACUUGAUCCCUUUGAUCCCACAAACAAUAGUACGUGGAAGCAAAGGUACUUCACCAAUUCCGACUACUUUCGCCCAAAAGAUGGCCCAGUGUUUCUCAUGAUUGGCGGAGAAGGCACAGCAUCACCUAAAUGGAUGGUGGAGGGUGCUUGGAUAAAGUACGCAAAGGAAUUUGGGGCUCUCUGCUUCCAGGUUGAGCAUCGUUUCUAUGGGAAGAGUCAUCCAACACCCAGUGUAACCGUGGAUGAUUUAGUCUACCUUUCAUCGGAAACAGCCCUGGCAGAUUUGACCUUCUUCAUCAUGGAAAUGCGCCGAAAGUACCACCUCACAACGGCUAAUCGUUGGAUUGCCUUCGGUGGCUCCUACCCUGGAUCCUUGGCUGCUUGGCUAAGGGAGAAGUAUCCACAUCUCGUUCAUGGAGCAGUUAGUUCCAGUGGACCCCUUGUAGCCAUUGUGGACUUCUGGCAGUACUACAACGUCGUGACGGAAGCUAUUAGUGACUGCCAGGACACCGUGAGGGAUUCCAUUGAGCAAGUUGAGUUACAGCUACGCACGGAUUUGGGGCGAAUGGCUGUAAAAGAAAAAUUCCACCUCUGUGAUCCCGUCGACACAACCAAUGAUCUCGAUGUGGCGAAUUUAUUUGAGAAUUUGGCCAGUAUUUUUGCCGGAGUGGUCCAGUACAAUGGAACACCCCGCUCUAAGCACAAUGUAGAUGAAUUUUGCACGAUCAUGAACAAUCAAACUCAGGGCCCAGCACUGUACCGCCUAGCGUUGCUCAAUAAAAUUAUCCUGGAUGAUGAGGGGAGUCCCUGUUUGGACUUCAAAUAUGAAAAAAUGAUAAAUGAUCUCCGGGAGACAUCGUGGGAUGCAGGAGAGGUGAAGAAUGGAACUCGUCAGUGGAUUUAUCAAACGUGCAUGGAAUUUGGCUUUUAUCAGACAUCCAAUAGUCCCACCCUUGUCUUCGGAGAUCGCUUCCCAGUCGACUUCUUCACGCGCCAAUGCACUGACAUCUUUGGGGAUCACAUAACAAGCUCCAGCAUUGAUAGAUCCGUCUACAACAGCAACGUUGCCUACGGAGCCCUCGACACGAAGGCAACAAAUGUGAUUUAUGUCCACGGAACAGUUGAUCCAUGGCACACGUUAGGCCUCACCGAGUCCAAUGAUGUCAAUGUGAGGACUAUUCUCAUUCAGGGAACUGCUCACUGUGCCAAUAUGUACGAACCACGGGAAGAGGAUCUUCCGCAACUCAAAGCAGCUCGUAUAAAGAUCAGAGAUUUCAUUGAGGAGCUUCUCCAAGAUAAAUACUAAUUCUCUUUUCCGGGGCAUUCCUGGAUUCCAUGGAAACGGCAUCGUUUUGCCAUAAAAUUCCUCUGUAUCCUGGCAACUCAUGCCUAAUAUGAAAGUUUUUGUGGAAUAAAUAAUCAGGAAGUGUGGGAAGAAUA